GACAACCAUAACCGUCAUCUUCAACAACAGAGCUCGUGUUAAUGGCCCUCUGCGUGCUCCCAGCAUCGAAGUGCGGCAGCCAUUAUCAGUUUUACAAAACAAGGAUAAUUCAACAAACGACGAGAAAAUCCGCCAUGAUUAUCCGGAUGACGGCGUCAAGCGGUGGAGGAGCAGGGGGUCAAUUGGCGUCGUACGAAGAAGGGGAACUAGAAAGGCCUAAUUGGACAGGUCAAACCCCUCUUUCUCGCCUUGUUGGUGCCCUAAUUUCAUUCAAACCUCUUUAUUCUGUUCUCAAACUUGGUGCCAGACAAGUUCUCAUCAGUACUGCUGAGAAAACCAACGUACCAUGGCGAGAAAUGACGAAGGAGAUUUUAGAAUCAGAUGUUUAUAAGGAAAUGGAGAGCAUCGAGAAUCCCUCCAUAGUCUACCCUGACUAUUAUCUCAGUCCUUUCCAUGCAUAUGAUGAAGGCAACCUAUCUUGGCUGGCUGCUGCAGAAGCUGAGGCUGCAACAAUGUCAAUGGUGAGGAGAGCAAUACCUGAUGCUUCUUCACUUGAUGAAGCAAAUGAAAUAGUUCGUGGAAAUUGGCUUAAUGCUAUUGAAAAACACCAUCAACAGUAUUCUGGAAACUUGGAAAUUAAAGACAUUCUUGACAUUGGAUGUUCUGUAGGUGUCAGCACAAGGUUUCUUGCUGAUAAAUUUCCAUCUGCUAAAUUAACUGGUCUGGAUCUAUCACCAUACUUCCUAGCUGUUGCUAUAUACAAGGAAAAAAUAAACCCCCAAAAAUCAAAUUCAUUUGAGUGGAUACAUGCAAAUGGUGAAAACACAGGCUUGGAUUCACAAUCAUUCGACAUUGUUUCAAUUUCUUAUGUGCUUCACGAAUGCCCAGCAAGAGCUACAGUAAAUUUAGCAAAGGAAGCAUUUAGGCUGCUUCGCCCUGGAGGGACUUUUGUUGUGACUGAUAACUCGCCAAAGUCCAAGAAACUUCAGCAAUUAUCGCCGGUUCUAUUUACUUUAAUGAAGAGCACAGAGCCUUUUCUGGAUGAAUACUACUUACUCGAUUUGGAAAAAACCGUGAAGGAUGCCGGCUUUGUCAACGUACAAACAAUUCUUACAGAUCCCAGACAUCGGACUCUCACUGCCACCGCGCCUUAUUGAUGUGCCUU